GGCGGGGCGCGUGAUGUCAGGUCGUUUAAUCCGGAAGCGGCGGCGGCAGUAGAAGCGAUAGAGCUGGGGAACCGUCGGUGGGCGCGCCGGGAAUCUGAGCGAAGGGUACCGUGACCCGGAAGCGGAAGCUAGGCCCCUCGUCCCAACUCCGGCCCUUCACCUGCCUCAGACCCACCAGGGGGGCUCCUGCCACCAUGGACCUGUUGUUCGGGCGCCGGAAGACACCAGAGGAGCUGCUGCGGCAGAACCAGCGGGCCCUGAACCGUGCCAUGCGGGAACUGGACCGUGAGCGACAGAAGCUGGAGACCCAGGAGAAGAAAAUUAUCGCGGACAUCAAGAAGAUGGCUAAGCAGGGCCAGAUGGAUGCUGUGCGCAUCAUGGCUAAGGAUUUGGUGCGCACACGGCGCUAUGUGCGCAAAUUCGUGCUCAUGCGGGCCAACAUCCAGGCUGUGUCCCUCAAGAUCCAGACACUCAAGUCCAACAACUCGAUGGCGCAAGCCAUGAAAGGUGUCACCAAGGCGAUGGGCACCAUGAACAGACAGCUGAAGCUGCCACAGAUCCAGAAGAUCAUGAUGGAGUUCGAGCGGCAGGCAGAAAUCAUGGACAUGAAGGAGGAGAUGAUGAAUGACGCCAUCGACGAUGCCAUGGGUGAUGAGGAAGAUGAAGAAGAGAGUGAUGCUGUGGUGUCCCAGGUACUGGACGAGCUGGGACUCAGCCUGACGGAUGAGCUGUCAAACCUCCCUUCCACUGGGGGCUCACUCAGCGUGGCUGCCAGUGGGAAGAAAGCAGAGGCUGCAGCCUCGGCCCUGGCAGAUGCUGAUGCUGACCUGGAAGAGCGGCUCAAGAACCUGCGGAGGGACUGACUGCCCGGCCCCACCCCCCACCACAGGGCCAGGGGGUCUCCGGGCAUUCCCUGUACCCAUUCUGGAAUAAAGAUGUUGAACACUAAA